GAUCCGCAAAGCGGUGCAAAGCAAUGCCCUGACGCGGUUUGACGACAUCAGGGCUCUUUUGUUUAUCCUUCUUCUAUAUCACCUCCACUCGCCUGACCGCCCUUCACCGCUCCCACCAUCUACGAUGACAACCAAAUUGUUCGAAAAGACUGGCAAGAAACUGUUUGCGAAGCACCUGGAGCAAUACGCACCUGUGGAUCCCCUGUACGAGCAUUAUACGGACGACCGAGGUAAGCAGCGCAGGAAAAAGCGCGACCUGCCCCCUGGCCUAUCGAAACGCGACAUGAAGAUACUACGAUCCAUCAAACACCGAGCUCAUUACCUCGACAAGGGCUUCUCUAUCUGCGGUUUCAGAUUUGGCUGGACUUUUGUCAUCGGAAUUAUCCCAGGAGCAGGUGACGUGGCCAACGUAGCGCUAAACUAUCUCCUCGUCGUACGGAAAGCACGUCAAGCAGAGAUACCCAGCUGGUUACUGCAACGCAUGUUGGUGAACAAUGCCGUCAGUGCUACUGUCGGUUUUGUUCCUCUUGUUGGCGAUGUUCUUCUCGCCAUUUGGAAGGCCAACUCACGAAAUGCAGCUCUCUUGGAAGAGUUUCUGCGCAUCCGGGGAGAAGAGCUUUUGAAGCUGCAGGCGGAAGCGGAGGAAGGCUCGAAGGAGGCUGGGGUUAAGAAGUCUGAUGCUGAACAAGUCAAGCCUGGUGCAGGCAAAGCUGCCGGGGAGACGAUACCCACCGGCGGAGGUACCACUCCGCUAGCUCUGGACCCCGGUGCUGCUGGUGGAGAGUCCCCAGGUCUCCCGAGCGCCGGACCGUCAGAGAAGAAUACAACGGGCAGUGCCUUGAGCACUGGAAGGAAGAGUUUCAAGUCUUGGAUGAGGCGGAAGGCACCUGCGGCUGGAGAGAAAGGCCGAUUUGUAGAGAACAUGGAUAGCAAGCUGUUAAACGCGCCGGGUGGGAGCAAGAUACAGAAGGACUGAUACCCUUGUUUUGUUUCUCUGGGACAUUGAAGGACGUGCGUCUAUAUGCACACAUACACGUUGAUACCCCCUUCCCUUAUGAUGCUUCACCGUACACGCGAAACCACGAUAUUCACGACAGAUAUGUAUUUUUAUGUCGGACGGAAACCUACAAUAUCGUAAUUUAAUUCUUUUAUAUUUUUAUCGUCC